AUGCACCCUCCAAACACGACCUCAAGCCCGGUCUCCGGCCUCCACGCCUACCACCAGCUCUCCGCCUUCCUUCUAACGCAUGCAGACAUCCCGAGCAUCCCUCUGCUUCCCUUGUCGGAACUGUCGUCACUCGAACCUCUCCUGCGGAUGUAUGUGAGCACGCUGUGCACGCCCAACCCGGCUGCAGUGCCGCAGAAACUGCCGAACGCGGCGAUGGAGCUCUUGCCGUUCUGUACGACGAGCCCGCCGAUGAGGCAGGAGACGGUUAUUAGGCUCACGGAUGUCUUUUCGAGUUUAAGGGAUGUGGCGGCUCUUGGGGGUGUGGAUAUGGAUGUGGAUGGGAGAGAUGAGGGGAGUGUGGCCAGGGCCGAAGAGGCGGUGAGGGGCUUGGUUGAGAUGUUUGGGGAGGAGGAGGCGAGGGCAGUGGUUGAGUUUUGGAAGGAGGAGUGGGUUGCUGAGUAG